AUGGGGAGACAGCGGUGGCUUUGCGUGCAGCCCUGUUUCCUAUGGCUGGGCUGCGUAGCGCUCUGGGCGCAGGGAGCAGCCGGGCAACAAAAGCAGCAGCAGCAGCAGGUCCGCCCUGCGGGAGGAGCGGGCGGCAUCUACCCCGCCGCGGAAUACCGGGAGGAAGGGGCAGGCAGCGCCGCCGCCGCCGCCGGCCGCGUCCGCCGGCGAGGACAGCAGGAUGUGCUCCGGGGGCCAAACGUGUGCGGCUCUAGAUUCCAUUCGUACUGUUGCCCUGGAUGGAAAACGCUCCCUGGAGGAAAUCAAUGUAUUGUUCCAAUUUGUAGAAAUAGCUGUGGUGAUGGAUUUUGUUCCCGACCUAACAUGUGUACUUGUGCAAGUGGACAAAUAUCACCUACUUGCGGAUCAAAAUCAGUGCAACAGUGCAGUAUCAGAUGCAUGAAUGGUGGUACUUGCUCAGAAGAUCAGUGUCAGUGCCAGAAGGGCUACAUUGGAACUUACUGUGGACAGCCUGUCUGUGAAAAUGGCUGCCAGAAUGGAGGACGAUGCAUUGGUCCUAAUCGCUGCGCAUGUGUUUAUGGAUUUACCGGUCCUCAAUGUGAAAGAGAUUACAGAACAGGCCCGUGUUUCACUCAAGUUAACAACCAAAUGUGUCAGGGCCAGCUAACUGGAAUUGUUUGCACAAAAACCCUCUGUUGUGCAACCAUUGGACGUGCAUGGGGUCACCCUUGUGAAAUGUGCCCUGCUCAGCCUCAGCCAUGUCGUCGUGGUUUUAUCCCUAAUAUUCGUACUGGAGCAUGUCAAGAUGUUGAUGAAUGCCAAGCUAUCCCAGGAGUCUGCCAAGGAGGAAAUUGUGUUAAUACAGUUGGUUCUUACGAGUGCAAGUGUCCUGCUGGUCACAAACAGAAUGAAGCAACUCAGAAAUGUGAUGAUAUUGAUGAGUGCAGCAUCAUCCCAGGAAUCUGUGAAGGUGGCGAGUGUUCCAACACUGUUGGAAGUUAUUUCUGCAUCUGCCCACGAGGAUAUGUCACAUCCCCAGAUGGCUCCCGCUGUAUUGAUCAGAGGGCAAGUACAUGUUUCUCCAGCUUGGUAAAUGGUCGCUGUGCACAGGAACUUCCUGGCAGGUUCACCAAAAUGCAGUGCUGCUGUGAGUCUGGCCGGUGCUGGGCUGUUGGAUCUGUUCCAGAGAUGUGUCCUGUUAGAGGAUCUGAUGAAUAUCGCAGACUUUGCAUAGAUGGAGUUCCUGCUGGAGGUGGUUCCAGGGGUGGUGGGACUGGAGGAAAUGGAUUCCUUCCCGGUGGCAAUGGAAACGGUUACGGCCCAGGGGGAGCAGGAUUCAUUCCCAUCCCUGGUAGCAAUGGUUUUUCCCCAGGUGUAGGGGGAGCCGGGGUAGGAACAGGUGGUCAGAGUCCCACUGGAAAUGGCCCAAUAAUUACUGGACUAACAAUACUCAAUCAGACAAUAGACAUCUGUAAGCACCAUCCCAAUCUUUGUUUAAAUGGACGCUGUAUACCAACUAUUUCCAGUUACCGAUGUGAGUGCAACAUGGGAUAUAAGCAGGAUGCAAAUGGGGAUUGUAUUGAUGUUGAUGAAUGCACAUCAAACCCAUGCUCUAAUGGAGACUGUGUCAAUACACCUGGUUCCUAUUACUGCAAAUGCCAUGCAGGUUUCCAGAGAACUCCUACCAAGCAAGCUUGCAUUGAUAUAGAUGAGUGCAUCCAGAAUGGUGUUCUUUGUAAAAAUGGCCGGUGUGUAAACACAGAUGGAAGUUUCCAGUGUAUUUGCAAUGCUGGCUUUGAACUAACUACAGAUGGAAAAAAUUGUGUGGACCAUGAUGAGUGUACCACUACUAAUAUGUGUUUAAAUGGGAUGUGCAUAAACGAGGAUGGGAGUUUUAAAUGCAUCUGCAAACCAGGAUUUGUCUUGGCUCCAAAUGGGCGUUACUGUACUGAUAUUGAUGAAUGCCAGACAUCAGGAAUUUGCAUGAAUGGUCACUGCAUAAAUACUGAAGGAUCUUUUCGAUGUGAAUGUCCACCUGGUCUGGCUGUUGGAGUUGAUGGUCGUGUGUGUGUCGAUACUCAUAUGCGCAGCACAUGCUAUGGAGGCAUCAAAAAAGGAGUAUGUGUCCGUCCAUUUCCUGGUGCUGUGACAAAAUCAGAAUGUUGCUGUGCCAAUCCUGACUAUGGUUUUGGGGAGCCAUGUCACCCUUGCCCUGCCAAAAACUCAGCUGAAUUUCAUGGCCUGUGUAGCAGUGGAAUAGGUAUUACUGUGGAUGGACGAGAUAUUAAUGAGUGUGCACUGGAUCCUGAUAUUUGCUCCAAUGGAAUUUGUGAAAACUUACGUGGUAGUUAUCGUUGUAACUGUAACAGUGGCUAUGAGCCUGAUCCUUCUGGAAGGAACUGUAUGGAUAUUGAUGAAUGUUCAGUGAAUGGACUGCUGUGUGAUAAUGGGCUCUGUCGAAACACCCCUGGAAGUUACAGCUGCACUUGUCCAAAGGGUUACGUGUUCAGCACUGAGACAGACACAUGUGAAGAUAUAAAUGAAUGUGAAAGCAGCCCGUGUGUCAAUGGUGCCUGCAGGAACAAUCUUGGUUCUUUCAAUUGUGAGUGUUCGCCUGGCAGCAAGCUGGACUCUACUGGACUAAUCUGCAUUGAUAGCCUGAAGGGGACGUGCUGGCUUAAUGUUCAGGACAGUCGUUGUGAAGUCAACAUCAAUGGUGCCACACUGAAAUCUGAAUGCUGUGCUACCUUAGGAGCAGCAUGGGGCAGCCCCUGUGAGCGAUGUGAAUUAGAUGCAGCUUGCUCAAGAGGAUUUGCCAGAGUUAAGGGUGUUACUUGUGAAGAUGUAAAUGAGUGUGAUGUUUUCCCGGGGGUUUGUCCCAAUGGGCGAUGUGUUAACAGCAGAGGCUCAUUUCGCUGUGAGUGCCCGGAAGGAUUGACAUUGGAUGGAACGGGGCGGGUGUGUUUAGAUAUCCGCAUGGAGCAAUGCUACCUGAGAUGGGAUGAAGAUGAGUGCGUUCAGUCUGUGCCUGGCAAGUUCCGUAUGGAUGCCUGCUGCUGUGCCGUGGGUGCUGCCUGGGGCUCCGACUGCGAGGAGUGCCCUAAGCCUGGCACCAAGGAAUAUGAGGCUCUGUGCCCCAGAGGUCCUGGCUUUUCCAACAGGGGAGAUAUCCUAACUGGCAGGCCAUUUUAUAAAGAUAUCAAUGAAUGUAAAGUAUUCCCUGGUAUGUGCAUGAAUGGUAAAUGCAGAAAUACAAUUGGAAGUUUCAAAUGUAGAUGUAACAGUGGAUUUGCUUUAGAUAUGGAGGAAAGAAACUGUACAGACAUUGAUGAGUGCCGGAUCUCCCCAGACUUAUGUGGAAGUGGUACCUGUGUCAACACUCCAGGAAGCUUUGAGUGUGAGUGCUUUGAUGGUUACGAAAGUGGAUUUAUGAUGAUGAAAAACUGCAUGGAUAUUGAUGAAUGUGAACGCAACCCUCUGCUGUGUAGAGGUGGCACAUGUGUGAACACAGAAGGCAGUUUUCAAUGUGACUGCCCUUUGGGACAUGAGCUGUCACUGUCACGUGAGGAAUGCAUAGAUGUAAAUGAAUGCUCAUUAAGUGACAAUCUCUGCAGAAAUGGCAAAUGUGUGAACAUGAUUGGAACAUACCAGUGUUCCUGUAACUCUGGAUACCAGGCCACGCCAGACAGACAAGGCUGCAUUGAUAUUGAUGAGUGUAUGAUAAUGAAUGGAGGCUGUGACACCCACUGCACUAACUCAGAAGGCAGCUAUGAAUGUAGCUGCAGUGACGGCUAUGCUCUAAUGCCGGAUGUCAGGACAUGUGCAGAUAUUGAUGAAUGUGAAAACAAUCCAGAUAUCUGUGAUGGUGGACAGUGUACUAAUAUUCCGGGAGAGUAUCGCUGUCUCUGUUACGAUGGAUUUAUGGCUUCUAUGGACAUGAAAACUUGUAUUGAUGUGAAUGAAUGUGAUCUGAAUUCCAACAUCUGUAUGUUCGGGGAGUGUGAAAACACUAAAGGCUCCUUCAUUUGUCACUGUCAGCUAGGAUAUUCAGUCAAGAAAGGAACCACUGGAUGCACAGAUGUGGAUGAGUGUGAAAUCGGUGCUCACAACUGUGACAUGCAUGCCUCAUGUGUCAAUGUACCUGGAAGUUUCAAAUGUAGUUGCAGAGAGGGAUGGGUUGGAAAUGGCAUUAAAUGUAUUGAUCUUGAUGAAUGCUCCAAUGGGACUCACCAGUGCAGUGUGAACGCUCAGUGUGUGAACACCCCAGGGUCAUACCGCUGCGCCUGUGCGGAGGGUUUCACAGGGGAUGGAUUUACUUGUUCUGAUGUUGAUGAGUGUGCAGAAAAUGUUAAUUUGUGUGAAAAUGGACAGUGUUUGAAUGUCCCUGGUGCAUACCGUUGUGAGUGUGAGAUGGGAUUCACUCCAGCUUCGGACAGCAAAUCUUGCCAAGAUAUCGAUGAAUGCUCCUUUCAGAAUAUAUGUGUAUUUGGUACCUGCAAUAACCUACCAGGAAUGUUUCAUUGUAUCUGUGAUGAUGGCUAUGAACUAGAUAGAACUGGGGGAAACUGUACAGAUAUCGAUGAAUGUGCUGAUCCCAUUAACUGCGUUAAUGGUCUCUGUGUAAAUACUCCUGGGAGGUAUGAAUGUAAUUGCCCUCCAGAUUUCCAGCUGAAUCCCACUGGAGUGGGUUGUGUGGAUAAUCGUGUUGGCAAUUGCUACCUGAAGUAUGGCCCACGAGGAGAUGGCAGCCUAUCUUGCAAUACAGAAAUUGGAGUUGGAGUCAGUCGUUCCUCAUGCUGCUGCUCUUUGGGAAAGGCAUGGGGAAACCCCUGUGAGACUUGUCCCCCUGUAAACAGCACGGAAUAUAAUACUCUUUGCCCAGGAGGGGAAGGAUUUAGACCAAAUCCUAUCACUAUUAUUUUAGAAGACAUUGAUGAAUGUCAGGAGUUGCCAGGUCUCUGCCAAGGUGGAAAUUGCAUCAAUACUUUUGGCAGCUUCCAGUGUGAAUGUCCAAAAGGCUACUACCUCAGUGAAGAGACAAGAAUCUGUGAAGAUAUUGAUGAGUGUGUUGCGCAUCCUGGUGUCUGUGGCCCUGGGACCUGCUACAAUACCUUGGGGAACUAUACCUGCAUUUGUCCACCUGAAUACAUGCAGGUGAACGGAGGACAUAACUGCAUGGACAUGAGAAAGAGCUUUUGCUACAGAAGCUAUAAUGGAACCUCCUGUGAGAAUGAACUGCCCUUCAACGUCACCAAGAGAAUGUGUUGCUGCACGUACAAUGUUGGCAAAGCCUGGAACAAGCCUUGUGAGCCAUGUCCAACUCCAGGAACAGCGGAAUUCAAGAACAUAUGUGGGAAUAUUCCUGGCUUUACUUUUGACAUUCAUACUGGAAAAGCUGUUGAUAUCGACGAGUGUAAGGAAAUCCCAGGAAUCUGUGCAAACGGUGUUUGCAUCAAUCAGAUUGGCAGCUUCCGCUGUGAAUGCCCCACGGGAUUCAGCUACAAUGACCUGCUCUUGGUCUGUGAAGAUAUUGAUGAGUGCAGUAACGGCGAUAACCUCUGUCAGAGAAAUGCAGACUGCAUCAACAGUCCUGGUAGUUACCGCUGUGAAUGUGCUGCUGGUUUCAAGCUUUCACCCAAUGGUGCCUGUGUUGAUCGCAAUGAAUGUCUGGAAAUUCCUAAUGUUUGCAGUCAUGGUUUAUGUGUGGACAUGCAAGGAAGUUAUCAGUGCAUAUGUCACAACGGUUUUAAGGCAUCCCAAGAUCAGACCAUGUGCAUGGAUGUUGAUGAAUGUGAACGCCAUCCAUGUGGAAAUGGAACGUGUAAAAACACGGUUGGAUCAUAUAACUGUCUGUGUUACCCAGGAUUUGAAUUAACUCAUAAUAAUGACUGUAUGGAUAUUGAUGAGUGCAGUUCCUUCUUUGGCCAGGUGUGCAGAAAUGGACGGUGUUUCAAUGAAAUUGGUUCCUUCAAAUGCUUAUGUAAUGAAGGAUAUGAACUUACUCUAGAUGGCAAGAAUUGCAUUGAUACUAACGAGUGUGUGGCGCUACCCGGCUCUUGCUCUCCUGGCACCUGUCAAAAUUUGGAAGGAUCAUUCAGAUGCAUCUGUCCACCAGGAUACGAAGUGAAAAGUGAAAGUUGUAUUGAUAUUAAUGAGUGUAAUGAGGAUCCCAACAUCUGCCUCUUCGGCUCCUGUACUAACACCCCAGGUGGUUUCCAGUGCAUCUGUCCCACAGGUUUUGUGCUGUCUGACAAUGGCCGGAGAUGCUUUGAUACCCGCCAGAGCUUCUGUUUCACAAACUUUGAGAAUGGGAAAUGCUCAGUGCCAAAGGCUUUUAACACCACCAAGGCAAAGUGUUGCUGCAGUAAGAUGCCAGGAGAGGGAUGGGGUGAUCCCUGUGAGCUCUGUCCAAAGGAAGAAGAAGUUGCUUUUCAGGACUUGUGUCCAUACGGUCAUGGAACUAUUCCUGGCAUUGAUGAUACGCGUGAAGAUGUUAAUGAAUGCCUUGAAAGCCCAGGAAUUUGUUCAAAUGGUCACUGCAUCAAUACUGACGGAUCAUUCCGCUGCGAGUGCCCCAUGGGAUACAAUUUAGAUUACACUGGAGUUCACUGUGUCGAUACUGAUGAAUGUUCAAUUGGCAACCCAUGUGGAAAUGGUACGUGCACUAAUGUGAUCGGCAGUUUUGAAUGCAACUGCCACGAUGGAUUUGAGCCAGGCCCAAUGAUGAAUUGUGAAGAUAUAAAUGAAUGUGCUCAGAACCCCUUGCUGUGUGCUUUUCGCUGUAUCAACACUUACGGUUUCUAUGAGUGCACGUGCCCAGCUGGCUAUGAACUGAGAGAAGACCAAAAGAUGUGCAAAGAUCUAGAUGAAUGUGCUGAAGGCCUCCAUGACUGUGAAUCAAGAGGCAUGAUGUGCAAAAAUUUGAUUGGUACCUUCAUGUGCAUCUGUCCUCCUGGAAUGACUCGCAGACCUGAUGGAGAAGGCUGCACAGAUGAAAAUGAAUGUCGUACCAAGCCAGGGAUCUGUGAAAAUGGUCGCUGCGUGAACAUUAUUGGGAGUUAUCGAUGUGAAUGUAAUGAAGGAUUUCAGUCAAGCCCAUCAGGCACCGAGUGUCUCGAUAAUCGCCAAGGGUUUUGCUUUGCUGAAGUUUUACAGACAAUGUGUCAGAUGGCUUCAAGCAGCCGAAAUCUCGUCACUAAAUCCGAGUGCUGCUGUGAUGGAGGCCGAGGCUGGGGUAACCAGUGUGAGCUCUGUCCACUUCCAGGAACCACCCAAUACAAGAAACUCUGUCCACAUGGACCAGGCUAUACUACAGAUGGAAGAGAUAUUGAUGAAUGUAAGGUCAUGCCAAACUUAUGUAGAAAUGGACAGUGUAUCAACACCAUGGGCUCCUUUCGAUGCUUUUGUAAAGUUGGGUAUACCACUGACAUAAGCGGAACAUCUUGCGUGGAUCUUGAUGAGUGUUCCCAAUCUCCUAAACCAUGCAAUUUUAUCUGCAAGAACUCAGAAGGGAGCUACCAGUGCUCAUGUCCCCGGGGCUACAUCCUUCAGGAAGAUGGGAAGACAUGUAAAGAUCUUGAUGAAUGUCAAACCAAACAACACAAUUGCCAGUUUCUCUGUGUCAAUACCCUUGGAGGCUUCACAUGCAAAUGUCCACCUGGUUUUACUCAACAUCACACAGCUUGCAUUGAUAACAAUGAAUGUGGUUCUCAACCAUCACUUUGUGGAUCAAAAGGAAUUUGUCAAAACACUCCUGGAAGUUUUACCUGUGAAUGUCAAAGGGGAUUUUCUCUGGAUUCUACUGGAUUAAACUGUGAAGAUGUGGAUGAAUGUGAUGGAAACCACAGGUGCCAGCACGGCUGUCAAAACAUUCUGGGUGGAUACAGAUGCGGAUGCCCACAGGGAUAUAUUCAGCAUUACCAGUGGAAUCAAUGUGUUGAUGAAAAUGAAUGUUCCAAUCCUAAUGCGUGUGGCUCUGCUUCUUGCUACAACACACUUGGAAGUUACAAGUGUGCCUGCCCAUCUGGAUUUUCUUAUGACCAGUUCUCAAGCGCAUGCCAUGACGUCAACGAGUGUUCUUCUGCCAAGAACCCCUGCAAUUACGGUUGUUCCAACACUGAAGGUGGUUAUCUUUGUGGCUGUCCACCUGGCUAUUACAGAGUUGGGCAAGGCCACUGUGUCUCAGGGAUGGGAUUUAACAAAGGCCAGUACCUGCCCCUGGAUGGAAAUGCUGAUGAAGAGAAUGCUUUGUCCCCUGAAGCAUGUUAUGAGUGCAAAAUCAAUGGCUACUCCAAAAAGGACAACAGGAAGAAGAGAAGCAUUAAUGACACUGUACGUACUGGGAUCGAGCAAAUUAGCUUGGAAAGCCUAGACAUGGAUAGUCCUUUGAAGAUGAGAGUCAACAUCUCUGAGCUUGAUAACAAAGAGCACAUCCUAGAACUCAUGCCAGCCAUAGAGCCCCUUACCAACCACGUGCGCUACACGAUCUCACACGGCAACGAGGAUGGUGUCUUUCGAAUCCAUCAGAGGGAGGGACUCAGUUAUUUGCACACAGCCAAGAAAAAGUCAGUGCCUGGAACUUACACACUGGAAGUCACUAGCAUUCCUCUAUAUAAGAAAAAGGAGCUAAAGAAACUGGAAGAUAGCAAUGAGGACAACUACCUCCUAGGAGAGCUCGGAGAAGCUCUCAGAAUGAGGCUGUGGAUAGAACUCUACUAG